CGCUCCCGGUCCCCACGGCUGCGAACUGAUCUGGCGCGGGGGGAGGAGGAAAGCGCAGGCGAGCGAGCGAGCGAGAGAGGGAGAGAGCGAGCGAGCCAAAGAGCAAAGCGAGAGCGAGAGAGCCGGGAGGCUGAGGGAGUAGUGACCGCCUUCUGGAGCUUGGAUUCAUGCCUGUCCUCGGGACCAGCGAAGGGGACUUUAAGGCUGAGUAUGAGCCAGGCUGCUAGGAGCCAGGUACCCCCACGCCUGCAGUCCCCGCGCCGUUCCCGGUAUGCGAGCUGGACGCCGGGUUCUCCCAAGUUCCCACCGAGCCGAAUAAAAAGCGUCCUCCCGCAGCUCUCCGCCAAAGACGGACAUUGACUCCAGGUGAACACGUCCCAUCUGGCCCCGAUGCUCUGCGAGGCGCCCCCUGCAUAAAAAGUAGAUGGUUCUGAGCCUCUGAGGGUGUCUGAGGAGAGCGGACCAGGAAGAGCCAGGCUGGCAGCGGCAACCUCAGACUCCACAGAAUGGAGCAAGAAUGAGAGGAAAAAGGCCGGCAGAAAAGCAUGAACUGGAGGUUUGUUGAGCUCCUCUACUUCCUGUUUGUAUGGGGCCGUAUCUCAGUGCAGCCCUCCCACCAGGAACCAGCUGGGACAGACCAACAUGUCUCCAAGGAAUUUGAUUGGCUUAUUUCAGACAGGGGGCCUUUCCACCACUCCAGGAGCUACCUAUCCUUUGUGGAAAGACACCGUCAAGGAUUUACAACCAGAUAUAAAAUAUACAGGGAGUUUGCCCGUUGGAAGGUGAGGAACACAGCCAUCGAGAGGAGAGACCUGGUCCGCCACCCGGUGCCCCUCAUGCCAGAGUUUCAGAGGAGCAUCCGCCUGCUUGGCCGGAGACCUACCACGCAGCAGUUCAUCGACACCAUCAUCAAAAAGUACGGCACCCACCUCCUCAUCUCGGCCACCUUGGGAGGGGAGGAGGCCUUGACCAUGUACAUGGACAAAAGUCGCCUUGAUAGGAAGUCAGGGAAUGCCACCCAAAGUGUUGAAGCUCUGCACCAGCUUGCGUCAUCCUACUUUGUCGACCGUGAUGGCACCAUGAGGAGGCUCCAUGAGAUCCAGAUAUCAACUGGAGCAAUCAAGGUCACAGAGACACGCACCGGGCCUCUGGGCUGUAACAGCUAUGACAAUCUGGACUCUGUGAGUUCCGUCCUUCUGCAAAGCACGGAGAGCAAACUGCACCUUCAAGGUCUUCAGAUCAUCUUCCCUCAGUAUCUGCAAGAGAAGUUUGUCCAGUCGGCCUUGAGCUACAUCAUGUGCAAUGGUGAGGGGGAGUACGUGUGUCAGAACAGCCAGUGUAGAUGUCAGUGUGCGGAGGAAUUCCCACAAUGCAACUGCCCCAUCACCGACAUCCAGAUCAUGGAGUACACGCUGGCCAACAUGGCCAAGUCUUGGGCCGAAGCUUAUAAGGACCUGGAGAAUUCAGAUGAGUUUAAAUCCUUUAUGAAGCGUCUCCCCAGCAACCACUUCCUAACCAUCGGGAGCAUCCAUCAGCACUGGGGCAACGACUGGGACCUGCAGAACCGGUACAAGCUCCUGCAGAGUGCCACUGAGGCCCAGAGGCAGAAGAUCCAGCGCACAGCCCGCAAGCUCUUCGGCCUCAGCGUCCGCUGCCGUCAUAAUCCCAACCACCAGCUGCCUCGGGAGAGGACAAUUCAGCAGUGGCUCGCAAGGGUCCAGUCGCUUCUCUACUGCAACGAGAACGGGUUUUGGGGAACCUUCCUGGAGAGCCAGAGGAGCUGCGUGUGCCACGGUAGCACCACGCUGUGCCAGCGCCCCAUCCCCUGCAUCAUAGGCGGGAACAACAGCUGCGCCAUGUGCAGCCUGGCCAACAUCUCGCUCUGCGGCUCCUGCAACAAGGGCUACAAGCUCUACCGCGGCCGCUGCGAACCCCAGAACGUGGACUCGGAGCGGAGCGAGCAGUUCAUCAGCUUCGAGACCGACCUGGACUUCCAGGACCUGGAGCUGAAGUACCUGUUGCAGAAGAUGGACUCGCGCCUCUACGUCCACACCACCUUCAUCAGCAACGAGAUCCGCCUUGACACGUUCUUCGAUCCGCGGUGGCGCAAGCGCAUGUCCCUCACGCUCAAGAGCAACAAGAACCGCAUGGACUUCAUCCACAUGGUGAUCGGCAUGUCCAUGCGCAUCUGCCAGAUGCGCAACAGCAGCCUGGACCCCAUGUUCUUUGUCUAUGUCAACCCCUUCAGCGGGAGCCACUCCGAGGGCUGGAACAUGCCCUUCGGGGAAUUCGGCUACCCGCGCUGGGAGAAGAUUCGUCUCCAGAACAGCCAGUGCUACAACUGGACUCUCUUGCUGGGCAAUCGGUGGAAAACGUUUUUCGAGACGGUCCACAUCUACCUACGUAGUCGGACUCGGCUACCCACCCUCCUGCGAAACGAGACUGGCCAGGGCCCCGUGGACCUGUCCGACCCCUCCAAGAGGCAGUUCUACAUUAAGAUCUCGGAUGUGCAGGUGUUUGGGUACAGCCUGCGGUUCAACGCCGACCUCCUUCGCAGCGCCGUGCAGCAGGUCAACCAGUCCUACACGCAAGGUGGCCAGUUCUAUUCCUCUUCGUCUGUGAUGCUCCUCUUGUUGGAUAUUCGGGACCGAAUUAAUCGCCUGGCCCCUCCUGUGGCCCCAGGGAAGCCCCAGCUGGACUUGUUCUCCUGUAUGCUGAAGCACCGGCUGAAACUGACCAACAGCGAGAUCAUCAGGGUGAACCACGCCUUGGACCUCUACAACACCGAGAUCCUCAAACAGUCGGACCAGAUGACAGCCAAGCUCUGUUAACCUGAGACUCCUUGCCGUGGGCUUUCCCUUUUGUUGUACAAACGUAACAGAACAAAGCAAAGCAGAACAAAACACAACACAAGUUUGUAAAAUGUAAUUAAUAUUCAAAGAAAAGGAGGAAGAGUCUUCAUUCGUUGGAAACGAAAAUGUUGUAGCAACUGUAUAAAACCGUCGGGCAUGUUUGUUAUCUCUAUACUCUGUCAUGAAGAAGGGUCUCAGCCUUUGGAGGAGCUUGGAGGGGUUGCUUCUUAGGCCUCAGGUGCUGUAUUGUCGGGGGAGAAGGGGAGAGCAUAUGCAAUGAAUUGCCAAGAUCUCUGCUGUGCAGGUGCUAAGAUUAAACGCUAAAAAGAAAGAGAGAUAUAUGUAAUGUACAACCGACACUGCCAUUUUUCCUUGUGGGAGGAAAUGGACAUAGAUAAAGAUAUUUCUUGGGUUAUGAUUUCUUCCCUCUCUAUGCCUAA